CAAGCUGUCGUUAACUGUAAUAUUGAGAUGAGAAGCCGCUUUAAAGUUUGCACUAUUUUGUGAUUGUUGAAACAAUCUGUCAGAAUUGCGGAAAUAACUUUAAGGUUUCUUCAAAAUAAAAUGGGUGUGAAGCGAGAUCGUGAAGCUGCAGGCAUGUCAAACGAAAACGAUAAUAUUACGGAAGAUGAAGCUGCAUUGUAUGAUCGUCAAAUAAGAUUAUGGGGUAUGGAUUGUCAGAAGCGUUUAAGAGAAUCUAAGAUUUUAAUAAUUGGUCUAAAUGGUCUUGGAGCCGAAGUUGUCAAGAAUCUGGCUUUAAGUGGAGUGAAGUCUAUUACAAUUAUGGAUGAAACACCAGUUAGUAUUGCGGACACCUCUGCCCAAUUUUUUGUUUCCAGUUCUGAACCUGGUGAAGGGAGAGCAAAGGCUUCAAAAGCUGCAAUCCAAGAGUUAAAUCCCAAUGUUGAAAUUAAAAUUGACUCAGAACAUAUUUCUUCAAAACCAACCAGUUUCUUCUCACAGUUCACAGCAGUUUUUGCUACGGAUUGCCCUCUCAGUGUUUUGAUUAGGAUCAAUAAAAUGUGUCAUGAGAAUAAAGUACAUUUUUACUGUGGAGACACUUGGGGGUUCUAUGGCUAUUGCUUCCUUGACCUUUUAAAGCAUACAUAUGCCAAAGUUGUACCCAAGGGUUCGAAAAAAGAAUCUGAAGAAGCAGUUAUUGAUGUUCUAGAUUAUUGCCCAUUGGGGCCAGCUUUAGGUGUGAAAAUUGGAGCUGGUUUGAACAGAAAAAUUAACAAAGUCUAUAUUCUGCUGAAUAUCAUGAACAAUUUCAGGGAAAUGCAUAAUCAUUACCCUGCUCCUGAAAACCGAGAAUCGGAACUCCAGUUGUUGAAAAGUGUUAGGACUUUCACCAUACAAAAUUUGGGCUGCGAAGAUAAUAAAGUCAGUGAUGAAAUGUUGAGUUCCGUUUUUGGUGAGCUAAGCCCUGUUUGUGCAGCAGUGGGUGGAGUCAUGGCAAAUGAAAUCAUUAAGGGAAUUUCUCGAAAGGGUGAACCUAUUCACAAUUUUCUUCUAUUUGAUGGUGUGACUUGCACAGGUGUUGUAGAGACGAUUGUUGUGAGAGAUUAAGUUCCAUUUUUUGAAAUGUAAAGUCCAUCCAUUGUCAUAUAUACUCAUUUGAAUAAAUUCCAAGGCAAUUUUCCAAAAGUCA